CCUGGAAGGCAAAUCUGAUGUUGACUAAAAUUCCAGUCGUUCUUUUUGUCCAUUAGUAAUAUGUUCCUUCCUAGAAGAAUAUUAUGGUGUUUCUGGUCAUCUUCAUCUUCUUUCUUUUUUUAUUCUUCCUUUACCUCUUCAUUUGUUCAUAAAUUUCUUGCAUCAGACUAGUCUACCCAAAUAUUCAUCUCUAGUAUUUUGCUUUCUCUACCUUCUUCAAACUCGGUUGCACAAGAUCCUUCUUUUAUCACUUAUCAUGGCUUCUACUUCUUCCACUCCUCCCAAUCAGUGGAAGAAAUGGGAUGUUUUUAUUAGUUUUAGAGGCGACGAUACGCGUUAUGGUAUUCUCUCCCAUCUCUCUAAAGCCUUGAAGGACAAACAAAUCAAGACUUUUACGGACGAAGAGCUUCAUAAAGGGGAAAUGAUAUCACCAGAGCUCUUGAAAAUAAUUCGAGAAUCAAGCGUCUCAAUAGUCAUUUUUUCUGAAAAUUAUGCAGAUUCUCCAUGGUGUUUGGAUGAGCUUGUUGAAAUACUUAAAUGCAAGGAAGAAUCAGGACAAAUAGUUCUACCAGUUUUUUACAAGGUAGAUCCAACUGACGUUCAAAAGCUUACGGGGAAUUUUGGGAAGGCAUUUGCUUUUGCUACGCAUGGAGAAAAAGGCAGUCCACAAAAGGUCGACAACUGGAAGCGUGCUAUGAUGGAAGUAAGCAACUUAUCAGGAUGGGAUUCACAGAAUAUCAAGGAUGAGGCCGAAUUAGUAGAGAAAAUCGUCAAUGAUGUGUUGAAAAAAUUUAGUGAUAUGUCUAAAAGUGAUGAUUCUUAUGAUCCCAAAUUGAUUGGAAUUAAAUCGCGUGUGGAAAAAGUGGAAUGCUUGUUAAAAGAUAAGCAAGUUGUAGGAAUUUUGGGGAUGGGAGGCGUUGGUAAAACAACUAUUGCACUAGAAGUAUUUCGUCGAAACAAAAAUCAAUUUAAUGGUCAUUACUUUGUUGAAAAUGUCAGGGAAACAAUGAUAAAGAAAUCAUCAAAAUCAGCACGAAAAAAAAUAAUUUGUGAAUUAUUAAGGGACGAAGAUAUAGAUGAUUUGAAUGAUCAUGUUUGCAAAAGGCUCAAGAGUAUGAAGGUAUUGAUUGUUUUUGAUGAUAUAGAGGAUCGAAACCAUUUAAAAGAUUUAGCAGGAGAGUGUCAUUUGUAUGGUGAGGGAAGUAGAAUCAUCAUAACUAGUAGAAAUUCACUUGGUUUAUCAAAAGAAGGCAUAUAUGAGGUUGAGGAGUUAAUUGAUUCUCAAGCUCUGGAACUCUUUAGCUUACAUGCCUUCGAGCAAAAUCGUCCCAAGGAAGAAUAUAAGGAGCUAUCAAAGAAGGCGACAAUCUAUGUUGGAGGCCAUCCACUAGCUCUUAAAGUUUUGGGAUCUCAUUUAUUUCGUAGGACGAUAGAAGAAUGGGAAAGCGAAUUGGAAAAAUUGAAAGGCAAAUCUCUUAAAAAAAUUGAAGAUGUUUUGAAAAGAAGUUAUGAUGGGCUAGAAAAGAAUGAACAGGAAAUAUUUCUUGAUAUUGCAUGUUUCUUCAAAGGGGAAGAUAAAGAUGAGGUUGAGAGAAAAUUAAAAGCAUUUGGUUUCUAUCCAGAAAGUGGAAUACCUCGUCUAAUUGAGAAGUAUCUGAUAACUAUUUCAAACAAUAGGGUAGAUAUGCAUGACUUGCUAGAGCAAAUGGGCAAGGAUAUUGUUAAUGAGGAAUGCAAACAGCCUGGCGGACGCAGCAGGUUGUGGAAUUAUGAAGAUAUUGAUCAUGUAUUGACAACAGAGACGGGAACCGAAAAUGUUGAGGCCAUAUCGUGUCGUCUCUUUAGAAGAGGUAUUUUGAAGCUAAGUGCCACGGCCUUUAUGAAGAUGUGCAAUCUUAGAUUCAUCCAAUUAUAUGACAUGUCGAACGAAGUGCUCCUUCCUAAGAACUUUGAAUUUUGUGCACAAGCACUAAGAUGUCUUUACUGGGAAUGUUAUCCUCUGGAAUCUUUGCCGUUAAAAUUUUGGCCAAAGAAUCUUGUAGAACUUCACAUGCCUUCUAGCAAACUCAUACAACUGUGGAAUGGAGGAGAUAAGCCUCUUGGAAGUUUGAAAUUGAUGGACCUUAGCCACUCUUGGUACCUGAUCAGGAUUCCGGACUUGUCAAGUAUUGCCCCAAAUCUCGAGUUUUUAUAUUUAAAUGGCUGUGAGAGUUUGGUUGAAAUUCCCUCUCUUCAAAAUCUAAGUAAUCUUGUAGAACUUCGUAUGCGUGGGAGCAAACUCAUACAACUGUGGAAUGGAGGAGAUAAGCCUCUUGAAAAUUUGAAAAUAAUGGACCUCAGUUUCUCUCUUGGCCUGGAAAGGAUUCCGAACUUGUCUAGUAUUGCCCCAAAUCUCGAGUUUUUAUAUUUGGAACACUGUAAGAGCUUGGUUGAAAUUCCCUCUCUUCAAAAUCUGAGCAAGCUUACUGAACUUGAUCUAAGUGGAUCCAAUAAAAUCAAAGAUUGUCCAGAGAUUCCGUGUAAUAUAAGGAUUCUAAAAUUAGACGGAACUGGAAUAGAACAACUGCCCUCAUCAAUUAAGCAUCUGUCUCAACUUGUCAUAUUGUCCUUGUAUUAUUGUACAGCACUUGAGAGUCUUCCAAGCAGCAUAGGCGAGUUGAAAUGUCUUGAAUAUUUAUCUCUCUGGAUGUGCUCAAAUUUAGCAAGUCUUCCAGAAAGCAUCAAACAACUUUCGAAGUUGAAAAAGCUUCAUUUAAGCGAUUGCGAGAGUCUUAAGAGUUUACCAGAGCUUCCGUCAUGCUUAGAAUUAUUAAAUGCAAAUGCAUGCCGCUCUCUGGAAUCUGCUUCAAUUUCUUUCAAUUUCUUAGAACAUGAUGAUGAAAAUGAAGAAGCAGAUAGAAGUGAACAUGAAAAUGAAGAAGCACAUAAAAGUGAAUCUGAAGAUUGCAAAUUUCUUGUUGAUUUUAGUAGUUGCGUCAAAUUGAAUAAGAAAGUAAUGGAGGAUGUUUUUGAAGCGCACCUGUUGGGUCAGAAAGUUACAUUAUUGAUGGCAGGAGGUGAAGUGCCAGAAAGGAUGAGGUAUAAGAAUAAAGGAUCCUCGCUUUCCUUCAAACUUGACCUUCGUCACGUAAUUGCCUUCUCUUUCUGCGUUGUUCUUCGUCUCAGCGGUUUAAUCGAUUUUGCUGAAUUUGAAGUGGAUUUCAUAUGUGAAUCUGGAAAUAGGCGGGAAAGUAAUGCGUUCAACUUAUUUGGCGAUAAGGACGUUGCGAAUUGGAAUGGUUAUUAUGGAGGUCUGUAUCUUUCGGACUUAUCACACGUGUUGCUUUCAUUCAAUGGAUUGAGGACACGUUUUGAUGAAGAGUGUUUCGUUGAGGCCUCAUUUAGCUUCAAUAACCGGUUCAAGGAUCGGCAUGAAAUUAUGGAGUGUGGGGUCCGUCCUAUAGUUUUGAAUCAUCAAACUAAUUUCUAG